AUUGAUUACUAGAGAGAGAAAAAUAUAAGCGGAUGUGUGAGUUUGCAUGGUUGGAUAGCAAUGGCAGCAAAGAAGGUGUGUGUAACAGGUGCUGGAGGAUUCGUAGCGUCUUGGCUUGUUAAGCUUCUUCUUUCCAAAGGCUACAUUGUCCAUGGAACUGUGAGAGACCCUGAACCUGCUACUCAGAAAUAUGAACACUUGCUCAAACUCCACGGAGCUUCUGAAAACCUCACUCUCUUCAAGGCAGAUCUCUUGAACUACGAAUCUCUUCGCUCAGCAAUUUCUGGAUGCACUGCAGUUUUCCAUCUUGCUUGCCCUGUACCCUCAAUCAGUGUUCCCAACCCUCAGGUUGAAAUGAUUGAGCCUGCUGUGAAAGGAACAACUAAUGUACUUGAAGCUAGCCUUGAAGCUAAAGUGCAACGACUUGUCUUUGUAUCAUCUUUAGCUGCUAUUUCCAAUAGCCCCAAUUUGCCUAAAGAUAAAGUGAUUGAUGAGUCCUAUUGGUCUGAUAAAGAUUACUGCAAAACAACUCAGAACUGGUACUGUUUUUCCAAGACAGAGGCGGAGGAGCAGGCCUUGGACUUUGCCAAAAGAACUGGCCUUGAUGUGGUAAGCAUUUGCCCUUCCCUUGUUCUCGGGCCAAUUUUACAGUCAACCACUGUUAAUGCAAGUAGCCUGGCUCUCCUCAAACUUUUAAAAGGUGUCAACUCAAUGGAGAAUAAGAUCCGUUGGAUAGUCGAUGUACGAGAUGUAGCUGAUGCAAUACUUUUGGCUUAUGAGAAGCUUGAGGCAGAAGGGAGAUACAUAUGCCAUUCACAUACCAUCAAGACACGGGAUAUGCUGGAGAAACUAAAGAGUAUAUAUCCCAACUACAAAUACCCUGCGAAGUAUACUGAGGUGGAUGAUUACAUAAGUUUCAGCUCAGAGAAACUGCAAAGGUUGGGUUGGAAAUACAGGUCACUGGAGGAAACACUCGUUGAUUCUGUUGAGAGCUAUCGGGAAGCUGGCCAUCUGCAAUCAGAAUAAAUGUGACUUAGUAGAAUAGAAUGAAACUAAGUGCUAUAUGAUAGUAGAUACUUCAGUUUUUUAAAAUCUUUAUUAGGAUUCGAUUCGAUUCUAGUGUGAGUAUGAAAAAGACUAUAUAAUGAGGGAUGUUGUAGGUAGUUUGGUAAUCUCGGGUUAGUCUCCAGCGUCCGGAGGAAUAUUCUAGUGUAAACCAAGAAAAAGUCUAAUGGUCUAAUGGUCUAUCACCGAAUAGAAUGGCAGAAUGAACAUAAAAUUUACUUAAAGUAAGAUAGUAGGUAUUUCACUUAAAUUUAAAUGUGGAUACCAGCUUGACCUGGAUUUGAUUUGUA